UUAUGCAAAUAACAUAACUUAAGCCACCUGCGGUGAAUAACUGUCACGUACGAAUCUCCUCCAACACAGCCUUGAAAAGUGAUAUUUUCAAGAUCUCGACGUUUGUUACGAUUAGGUGGGACCCUGUGGGAAUCCUUUCUCUUUCAAGGGCUGGAGUCUCCUCCCUUCUCAGCUGCGGUAUAUAAAGCAACCAUUCGAGCAAGCUACAACGCAGUCUUCUUCAGCAAACCACAAUGAUCGCUAAGACGUGUCUGGUGUUCGUCCUCGUUGCUGCCGUGUUCGGUGCUCCUUCACAGCCUCCCCAUGGAUACGCACCGCCACCUUCUUAUGAGGAGCCAGCCAAGUACGACUUCAACUACGCCGUGAAGGACGACUACUCCGGCAACGACUUCGGCCACCAGGAAGCCCGUGAUGGCUACGACACUCAGGGAUCCUACUACGUCCUCCUUCCCGACGGCCGCCUGCAGAAGGUGUCCUACAACGUCAACGGAGACUCAGGAUUUGUUGCUGAGGUCACUUACGAGGGAGAGGCUCAGUACCCAGAGUACCAUCCGGCGCCUUCCUAUGCUUAGGCUGUCUAUUUAUAGAAAACUGAUUCCGAACUAUUUAUGAGAGAUUUUUUAAAUAAAACUAUCGGUUAAAGAAA